AUGCUGCUCGAAUUUACAAGCAAGCGGAUCCUCAAUAGUGCGAUAGUGAGUGGGGGCGAGGAGGUGUACAGUGUUCGCACGCCGACGCAUUUCGGGAGGGCGAGGAUCCAUACGGUUAUACGCAAGAGUGGAGGAGCAAGAGUAAAAGGUGACAGCCACGCCGACACUGACACCACAGCAGCCGUGAUAGAUUGGAAAGAGCAUCGAAUCACGAUUUCCGAUAAAAUCACCACGAGCGUGAGUCUGGGUGAGCUGCACAGCAUGCAGGCGACGCACGCGGGUAAAAUCACGCGCCACUGGCAGCUCAAUGGCAAGUACUACCACAUCGAGUACGUGGUUCCGCAGAAUGGAUCUGGCGCUGACGAUGAACAUGCGGCGUACUGGGAAGCUACCCCGUCCGACGACGACAAUGGCGCUGCUUGGUUCCUGCCCCCGCAGACUAACAUGCUGGGCAAGUUGAAACGCUUGGCGCAGUUUGAAAUGAAUGACGAGGUCGAUGACUGGGGUGACAGAAUUUUCCUGCUCACUCUGUUCAUCUACUCCCAGACACGCCUGAAAGAGCAACUAAACGACACACAAAUCCUCGAACUCACGGAGCAGCUCAAGCAGGAGGAGAGCAGUGGACGGGCGCUGGUUGGAGACGCUGAGGAUAUGAGCGGGUUACUGGCCGAGUACGAGAACGGAAACGCAGUAUACACGCGGAAAAUAGCGAAUCUGAUGGGCGGCGGAUACAGCACGUUUAGGAGAAUAAGAGGUGAUGGCAAUUGCUUCUAUAGGGCGGUGUCGUAUGCGUUCGUGGAGAAGGUGUGUAGUGCAUCCACUGCAGACACAACCAAAGAAAGGCUACAAAGGGUGACCAUUCCCCUCCUCUCGGAAUUGGGUUUUGAUAGUGAAAUUAUGCAAGAUUUCUAUCAGCCAUUGCUUACUAUCCUCGAUAACACGAAAGACCCCUCUAUCCCCCUCAACGAGUAUCUCAAAGUGACACUCAACGAUGACGAAACGAGCAACUCAAUCGUUGUGUUCCUGCGCUAUCUCACAUCAGCGACGAUACGCAAACACGCCGAUGAGUAUUUACCCUUCUUAUUUGCGUAUGAGGGAGAUCUGGUGGUUGAUGACAGCGGUAUGCCUGACAUAAAGAAAUUCUGCGAGACUUAUGUUGAAGCUUUCGGGAAGGAGGCUGACCAUAUACAGAUGACAGCAUUAGGCAGAGUGCUUCAAGUGGAUUUGAAGGUGUGCUAUCUCGAUGCCAGCGAGAAGGAGCACGUGGAUUGGCAUGAGUUGGGCGUAAGCGGUGAUGAGAGUGGUGAAGGAAAUGUCAUCACACUUCUAUACCGACCAGGGCACGUUGAUUUGAUGUAUAAAUGA